UUUCAGAUUUGAUUUAGGGAAAAGCUUUUGUAAUAUGGCCCAUGGAUUAUAGCAUUAUUGGUCUAGCCUAGACUCAUCAUACAAACAAAGGCUUUGUGCAAGACAACAGAGACAAGUUUGGACCCAUGAAUAGGCCUGUUGGCUAGGGCCUACAUGGUAGUUUGUGACAACAGACUGAGGUUGAAUUGUGGCAAAGCCCAACAUAGGAAUUGGUGUUUUUCCAGAUGGUUGACAAGCUGGUGAAUAGCGAGGCAAAUGCUCGGCGCAUCCAGAUGGUUGAGAGCUGCUUUGGCAGUUCUGGUCAGCCACUUCAAGUACCAGGAAGAGUUCUUGUUGGAGAAGGUGUACUAACAAAAAUGUGUAGAAAGAAACCUAAGGCAAGACAGUUCUUCCUUUUCAAUGAUAUCCUGGUAUAUGGAAAUAUACUCAUCCAAAAGAAAAAGUAUACAAAGCAGCAUAUCAUUCCUCUUGAAGAGGUAAAACUCAGGCCAAUGGAGGAUGAAGGUGCUUUGAAGAAUGGCUGGCUCAUUUGCACAGCAUCAAAAUCCUUUGCCGUCUAUGCAGCUACAGACACUGAGAAGCAGGAAUGGAUGGCUCACAUUUCUAAGUGCAUUGAAGACCUCAUAAAAAAAAGUGGGAAGAAACCUGCAGCAGAGCAUGCUGCUGUCUGGGUUCCAGACUCAGCAGCAUCCAUUUGCAUGCAUUGCAAAAAGACUCAAUUCACCACUUUCAACCGCCGGCAUCACUGUCGCAAAUGUGGAUCCGUAGUGUGUGGCCCAUGUUCAAACCGGAAGUUUCUUCUUCCCAGCCAGAGUAAUAAGCCUUUGAGAGUAUGCAAUGCCUGCUACAACACUCUCUCACGACAGAGAGCUGGGGAUCUGCCUUCUUCCUCAACUGCAGAAGUGGGAGAUGAAGGGGAAGGAAGUUCUGGUGAGGAAGAUUCUGAUGAUGAAUGGGAUUCUCCUGCUCAGAAAUACAAUCAGCGGCCUCAGGUCCCAACAUUUUAUAGAGAUGGAGAGAUUUGAAGAUGUGUGCCGUCAGUUUUGUGCAAGAGUGUGUCUCAUUUUUCUUCUUUUUCAUCUUCUCUUCCUUUGCCACAUAAUACUACACUGAUGUGAUAUGACUAUCUGGGCAGGUACAGAGAGAAGAACUCCAAUAAAUAAACUACCUAUUUUAUAGCAUACUCAUGUGCUUUUUUUAUAUCCAAGAUGCAGCAUUACCUCCC